UUUAGGUUUAGUAAGAUUUAGGUGUUCGAUUCGAAUAAACUAAAAGUAUGAUGAGUGAAUUUAAGAUUGAAAAAUUCUUUCAAUAAGUUUGCGUUUGGAUUGAUUUUCUGUAGAAAAACAGUAAAGUAUUGUAUCAGUAUUGUUCCAAAAUGUCGUAUAUAGGCUUACAUUUUUAAAACCAUAAUUUUAUUAGAUUAAAAAAGAAAACAAGAAAAACUUAGAAGAUAAAAUGAAUAAAUAAAACUAUGAAACUAAGACAUCAUCUGUUCAUUGGAUAUCGUAAAUUUAGACGUAGAAUAUCUUCUUCGUCUCUUAAUGUAUUACUGAUUUUGGUUGCUUCUUUGGGAAUAUUCUUGCUAGUCACCAGUAUACAGUUUAAUGAGAAUUAUCGAACGGAGAAAGUAAGGUACCGAUCACCUCAUCGUCACAAUGAUUUUCAAUCGAUAGUGCAAAAGAAAAGUUUCUACACGGAGACGAAAAUAGAAUUAAAGAAUACCAAAAGACCUUUUCCAAAUAAUUCUAAUUUGGAUGCCUUAAAAAAUAAUGUAAAUUUAACAGAUGCCGCGUGGGUAGAUGAGUGGAAAAUGUGCCAUGGACAUCCUAAUAAGAUUUUCGCUUAUUCCGCCUAUUGGGAUAACCGUGGAGGUGCAGCGAGUGUUCGUGUUAUAGGCGCAACUCUGACACGUUAUAGCCCUCCUAUUGAAUGUUUGAUUCGUUAUCCGAAUGGUAAAUCUGCCAAAUCAGAAGCUCAAAAGAAACUAAUGAAAGAACAUUGGAAUUUAAAAUAUUCCACAUAUUUUUUUAACUGUCGUUCUCCAAUUCCCGAAGAACCUGUAUCGGUAACCAUUGGUAUUAAAGAUAAAUUGAAUAUGUCUAUCAUUUUCUUCGUUCAUCGUAAUAAAGAAAAUCUAAGUAUCUCGAAAGGAAAUAUGGCAGUCUGCGUCAAGCCUCUUCAUUAUUCUUACAAUCGAGCAGUUUGGCUAGUAGAAUUUAUAGAGUUCUAUUCUCUUAUGGGAGUUCAACAUUUUUACUUUUAUAAUCAUACUGUAGGAAGGGACGUGGAUGCCGUGUUAAGGAGCUAUAUAAAUCAGGGUAAAGUAACCGUUCUGCCAUGGAAUUUAGAUAUUAAAUCACAGAAAGAGAUUCGUACGGAAGGUAUUUUUGCAUCUCUCAACGAUUGUUUAUUCAGAACUAUGUAUCGAUUCAAAUAUGUGGCCAUGGUUGAUUUCGACGAAUUUAUCGUACCGAAAAAGCAUAACGACUAUUCUAGUCUUCUUAAAGAUUUGGAAAAAAGCAGUAGAAUGAAGAAAGGAAAACCGGGAAGUUUUGUCUUCCGCAAUACUUUCUUUUAUUUAUAUUGGGAAAAUGAUACUCGUGCGUACGGAAUUCUGCCAGAAACACUACCUGGAAACAUUCCCUAUCUUCUAACACAGUAUAAAACUAAAAGAAUGAGAGGAACAAUGAGAUAUGGUAGUCGCUCCAAAUUUAUAGUAAUUCCAGAAAGAGCUUUGGAAGUAGGAAACCACGUAGUUUGGAAACACAUGUCAGGCUCAUUUCCUGUAUUAGUCUCAGAAAAAGUUGCCUUACUUCACCACUAUAGAAUUUGUGAGUUUGGUGGAUUCGACUGCACCAAAAAGCCUUUUGUGAUAGACAGAAGUGCUCAAAGAUUCAAUACCACUUUACUUCAUAAUGUUAAUCGCCAGUGUAAAUAUACUUUUCAUGGUUCCUGCCCGAAAGCCCCUCCUCUUGGUUCGCCUUGGUGAGAGAUUGAAACAGAAUUAUCUGAUGAUAAAAUAAAAAAUUCAAGAUAUAUGACGAAAAAUAAUUACCUUGUUCUCAAUUUUUGAUAUUUACGACAAACUAAAAAAAAUGAAAUUAUUUUUUUAUUGUUGUCAUACGAAAGACCGAAGUAUUUGUAUUUUGCAUCAAGAACUAAGUCUACAAACUUUUGAUAUAGUUAAGUCAACAUUUGAAGAGUACUUUAUUCAAUUUGAAACUGCAAAUGAAAAAAGAGGCAACUUCUUUCGAUUCGAAAGUUCCUGUGAAAAGUAUCGAGUCUUAUUUGAAGAUUUUAUAAAGUUAAAAAUACUGUAUAUAAAAAGAAUAAAAAUCAAAUCUAUUUAUUUAUUCACUGAUGUUAUUGUUUGAAAGUUUUAAUUUUGAAGUCAAUAAUUUUUAUUAAUAUUUAAAUUACAAAUUAGAAUUAAUUAUAAAGAGACAAUGUACUUGAAUACAGACGUAUGAAUAAAAUGUAAACUCAAUACUUUAUUAUUUAAUUAUAAACUCGUAACGAGAAUGUAAGAAUUACUGUUAUUUAUGAAUUAUAUUUAUUUUAAUUUAAUAAUCAAAAGUUAUAGAAAUAAUGUUUUCAAACUCUGUACGGUCUAUAGUAUUAAAUGCUUGUGCUUAAUAGUUUUAUGUUACGAUGUUAG